AUGGUGAGACUUACAAGCCGCUCCUUCCUUCACCUGACACCUGAAGUGGUGCAGUUCGAAGCAGAGCAUCCAUUUUAUGCUAAGGUCUUACAGCUAGACUCGGAGGAGGUGACGUUUCGCAGCUUGGAAGGAGGCGAAGGGAAACUGGAACGUGCCGUCGCCGAAGAUCACGUGGUUCGGGCCAGUGAAGUUUCUCAGGCCGGUCAGAUCUCGUUGCUCCGACGACCCGUGUCCGUCACUGCAGUGUCAGUGGUGCCACCAGUGAUUGUUCUGUUGCUUGAAGACGUCGAGUUCAGAAGCGACGAGUGGAGUCCUACUGACCUAGAGGCGAUGGAGCAGUCAAUUCUGAGUCAGCUGCUCGGUACCGGCGGUAGUUCUGCUUCAAAUCAAGUGUCCGAGAUACUGGAAGACGACGAUGACUCGCCCCAAGACGAAUCGGAACGCGGUGCUGAAGUUGGUCGGGCAAACACUACCACACAACACGUGACAAAACGACAGCAAGAGGUCACGGUUGCCAACGGCGACGAUGGCCACGUCCCCUCCAAGCGACAACGAGUUCAAACCGCUAUUGAUCAAGACGCGUUGAUUAUCGCAAAAAUAAGCGACGAACCGGACCUUCUCGAGCGUUUCUUGAUGAUUAGGAAGGAGGCCAACGUCAAAGCGCAGCCGGCGGAGGGUGGUGGUACCAUGCGUACUCACGUACAGAAGCCAUCCCCUACGACAAGGGGAAAGAAGUCGUCUAAGUACGCAUUUGCACCGUCCGAGGAGCAGGAAUUAGUUCACGAGCGCAUAACAACGGAGAAGCACAAAGCGUCUGAUGAAGGUGGUGAGCUUCGAGCCGUACAGCAACGUUGUACGACCGAUGACCGGUUGCUCAAGGAUGUGAUGUUUAUAAAGGUGCAUCGGCAAGUGCAGGAUGUACGACAUGAGAUGAUGUCGGGACCAGCACGGCUUGAGGGCCACGUUGAACAAGGAUCCCAGCUCCGCAACGGCCGCAACCACGACGUGAUGGCGGUUGUCCCAGCGAGCAUGGGCAUUUCGUUCCCAAGCAGCUACCCGCGAUCGUGA